AUGGCACCAAAGUUGGUGGUAUAUUGGACCAUGAAGAAGGUUAUCAGAGAAUACAGCUAUAUCACAAUCACCUGGGCCAGUUGGCUACACUCUUUUGGCCGUGAAAAUAAGCCGGUGUCCAACGAGGGAGAGUUGAAACUUGAUGUGGAACAAGAGCAGAUGCAAGAGGAAUGGAGCAGGAAUCAAAGCAGACUUCUUCUAAAAUGUCCGGUUUUUAUAGCUGUCAUCCCUCAGACAGCGCCUCUGCAGAAUCCACCACUUCAGAAUGUCUCGGUUGGCAGCACUGUUCGGAUGAAUUGUCACACUGGCUGGUAUGCGGUGGGAGGUGUUCACUGGUAUAAACAGAAAGAGCGAGAAAAUCUGCAACUCGUUUACAUCGUGAAGACAUACUCUCAUCCAGCUGGUAGAUUUUCUGGUGAAGUUAAUGACAAUAUGACUAUUUAUACUCUUGUGAUUCGCAAUGUCCAGAGAAAUGAUUCUGGUGUGUAUGUCUGUGCUGGUAGGAAAUCGCACCUUCACUCCUUCACAUUCAGAAAGGAAUUGAGAUUGUUCAUAGGAGGCUCUCCAACCGUAAUUCUCUUAUCGCCACCGCUGAAUAAAAUGUUUUCUAUGGAAACUGCCCAAUUGAUAUGUUUAGUGAGCAAUGUCAUCUCUGAUACCAUUCCCAUCGACUGGAAUAUUUCCACUAGGAAUGCCGAGAAUUGGACAGAUUCUGUGACAGUAGACUCUGCCGGUGCUAAUAACAUCAGAAGUCAUAUCAGAAUCCCGGCAGAAGUUUGGAAAAAGAACUUUGUUUGCGCUUGCUCGGUUCAACUCAACUCAACUACCAUUCUUGUCAGUGAAAGUGUUUCAUAUCACAGAGGGGAACCUGAAUUCCCUUGUCUUUUAAUGUUUUAUGGGAGCUCAUCGGUACUGAUCCUCCUUCUUCUGGCGUUUACUGUCUUCGUGGCCUGGAACUGCAGGAAUUUUAACUCAGGAAACUGGAACACGGAUAAGAAAUCCACAGAUUUUAGACCACAUGAUCCAAAGCCAGAGACCCUCUACGCUGAUUUGGCGUAUAAUGAAGACCUGAUACUUUGAUAGGACCAGCAUUCAUGAAUUUAAGAGUAUGCCCCGCGUUUUUCUCAUUGCAAGAUCAAUAAGAAACGUUCUUCAGUCGGAAUUGACCGAAAUUUCCUCUGAUUUGUGCUGUGCAUAUGUAUGUUAAGAGCCAUUCUCAUAGAAAUGGAAAUUUAAUUCAAAAUAGCAUCGGGCACAUGAACACUGUUACCCCAGAUGAAGAUGUCGUUCUCACUGAUCAAUGUAAUUUUCAAUUGUCGCUGAUGAAUUCCCAUUUUGAAGUGGA